UCCUUUGAGGACGAUCAGGGUGGCACCUAUGUGGGCUCCUUCCCGAAGGGGUUUGGGUACGGACCCGAGGAGACGGAGACUGAAGGGGCAGUUAACUCUGGAGAAGAAAAGCCCAGAAUAUUAUUAAUGGGCUUGCGUCGAAGUGGCAAGUCAUCUAUUCAGAAAGUCGUCUUCCAUAAAGUGUCACCAAAUGAGACUCUGUUUUUGGAGAGCACAAAUAAAAUUGUUAAGGACGAUAUUUCCAACUCAUCAUUUGUUCAGUUUCAAAUCUGGGACAUACCUGGCCAGAUUGACUUCUUUGACUCAACCUUUGACUCAGAAUACAUCUUUGGAGGCUGCGGGGCCCUCAUCUUUGUCAUCGAUGCUCAGGACGACUACAUGGAAGCCUUGUCACGUAUGCAGAUGGCUGUCACACGGGCUCACAAAAUCAAUGAGAGCAUUAAGUUUGAGGUGUUCAUCCAUAAAGUGGAUGGCCUGUCGGAUGAUAACAAAAUUGAGACGCAGCGAGAUAUCCUACAGAGGGCUACAGAUGAAUUAGCGGAUGCAGGCAUGGAUAACAUCCGGCUGAGCUUCCACUUGACCAGCAUCUAUGACCACUCCAUAUUUGAAGCCUUCAGUAAAGUUGUACAGAAACUCAUACCCCAGCUUCCAGUGCUGGAGAACUUGCUAGACAUUGUCAUCUCUAACUCUAAGAUUGAGAAGGCAUUCUUGUUUGAUGUGGUCAGCAAAAUUUACAUAGCCACCGACAGCUCUCCGGUGGACAUGCAGUGUUACGAGUUAUGCUGUGACAUGAUCGAUGUUGUUAUUGACAUGUCUUGUAUCUAUGGUGGUCGGGAUGAUGGGGCAUUUGACAACGAGUCGGCCUCCUUUAUCAAACUCAACUCCAGCACAAUUCUGUUCCUGCGGGAGGUGAACCGCCACCUGGCCUUACUGUGUAUACUCAGGGAAGACGGCUGUGAGAACAGAGGGAUCAUCGAGUACAACUUCAAGUGUUUCCGAAAUGCUAUACAGGAAGUUUUUGUCGCCAGAAACAAACAAACCAUCAAAAGUACUGGACACCCACAGAUGGACAAACUGGUCAACAGGCAAGAGGACGAGUCCCUGGCCAAAGGACAGAAUGGGCUGGUCAGUUCCUUAGGGACAGGACACUCCCACCUCAAUGGAUCGACAGUCAAAGAUAGUGACUUUGAUUAG